AUGGCAAUCUCAGCACUCCCCGCCUGGCCUUUGAUUCUCUUCGGCGUCCUUGAGCCUGCCGCGCUAGUCUGGGCCUAUUUCAUCACACUCUACGAUCCACAACAAUACUACGCCGAUCAAGCUCCUCAAAGCUUGCGCUCGGAUCAUGUCUUUGCGCCCCAGUCCCUCUCGUUGACCUUACAGUUAGGCAACGUCUUCCUGCUCCUUGCAGCCAUGGCAGUCAUUUGCUGCUUCACCACUCACGCGGAAAUCGCAAGGAGAUAUCUGAUUGCAGUAGCGUUGGCAGAUCUGGGUCACAUCUAUUCGGUGUACGGGGCGUUAGGCGACAAGGUCUUCUGGGACCUCAAUCAAUGGAAUCAGAUGACAGCUUCAAACGUUGGUGUCAGCGUCUUCUUGCACAUCAAUAGACUGUUGACCGUGGCCGGAUUGUUCGGCAAGCUGGGCGCGGGUACAGAUGCCAGUAAGAAGAGUCGGUAG